CCAGUACCUCAGAGCUCGGGUACCGGUUAGUUCAAGAGUAUCGUGGAACAGGGGUUUGUGAAGAGAGCCAUGGCAAAACCCUGCAAGAGUUCCCACUUGCUUACUUUUGCCAUCGUUUUCGCCAUUUUGGCGCGUCUUGUGAACGCCAGCGGUUUUACCCACCACGAGACGCUAGACGAGGCAGGAAAGUACAACCUGUUCUGGAAGUUUGAUGAGGAGAAGAUUGAAUUCGAAGCUCACGUGCAGACGACAGGAUGGGUCGGGUUGGGUCUGUCCCCGAACGGAGGCAUGCCGGGGUCCGACAUCGUCAUCGGCUGGGUUAAAGACGGGAAGGCGCACCUGACGGACCGAUAUGCAGACGCGAAGGCACAGCCCGCUGUGGACGAAAGCCAAGACUGGGAGCUGGUGUCUGGGAACGAGAACGGGACUCACACCGUCCUGAGGUUCAGUCGAAAACUCAUGACCUGCGACACUAAGGACCGCGUCAUCAACAAGGAUACCAUGCGCGUGAUAUGGGCGUGGCAUGACGAGGAUCCAGAGGAAGAUUCUGGCGGUGACGGCCCCGGGUACCACUCCUCCAACAGGGGAGUCAGGAGCUCCAUCCUCAUCACCCAGGCCGUCCCAGAGACCAGUCUCCCGGACACUACUUACACCUUCGAUGUCAUCAUGAACAACGUAUCCAUCCCCAACUAUUGGCAUACGUUGUACUGGUGCAUGCUUAUCAAGCUGCCUGCUAUGGACAGAAAACAUCACAUUGUCAAGAUGGAGCCGGUGAUCACGCCAGGGAAUGAAGGACUAGUUCACCACUUUCUGGUUUACAAGUGCAGGAGGAACCUUACCACUACCCUACCAGACGAUCACGAGGGGCACAACUGUUUUUCACCCGGCAUGCCAAUGGAAUGGGGGGAAUGCUUCGAAGGGGAUAUCAUUGCCGCAUGGGUCACAGGAACAGGGGCUAUCACGUACCCAGAGCACGUGGGUUACCCUAUCGGGGGCGAUGACGACACUGAGUACGUAAUGCUGCAAAUGCACUACGACAACCCGCAGAUGCUACCAGGCUUGUAUGAUAGUUCAGGACUAAGGCUCAUCUACACACCAGAGCUAAGGGAGAAUGAAAUUGGCAUCUUUGAGGUGGGCAUGAGACUGGGGAAAGAGCAUGUCAUCCCACCUGGUGCAGACAGCUUCACAUCAGCAGCUUUCUGCGAUCCACAGUGUCUCGGCCAGUACCUUGAGGAACUCGGACAACCUAUCAAGAUAUUCGCAGACAUUCUUCACUCCCACCUUCUCGGUGUUCAACUCAGCUUGAAGCUGAUCCGUGAUGGUGUGGAGACGGACAUCUCGCGAGAUGACAACUACGACUACAACCUGCAGUACAUGAGGCAGAUGGGGGAAGAGAUUGCCAUCUACCCGGGAGACACUCUGGUGAUGGAGUGCAGCUAUCGUUCUACUGACCAAGACAACGUUGUUUACGGCGGUCUAGGUGCUCUUGAGGAGAUGUGUAUGGACUUCGUGUUUUACUACCCGAAAUCCAAGCUACGAAGCUGCGACAGCCAGCCGUCAUCCAGCAGGACCCUCGGCUUCGUAGGGGUGGAAGAUUAUAUCCCUGAUCCUUUCCAAAUCCUGGCACCACCAAGUUUGGUGAACAAGUCCUAUGAAGACGUGAUGGAGGGUUUCCAGUGGACAGGUGAAGGGGCGCAGCAGUUCUCCUCACACAUCCUGGACGGAAACUUCAGCACAUUCUGUUUGGGCAUGGGCAACGGCUCUGCAGACUAUUACCUGAAACCGAUGAGAGAGAUGCCCUUACCCCGCGGGGCAAGGGUACAUCCGCCGGACCCCUGCAGCCGGACUGCCUCCAGCGCCUACCGCCCGCGGCUCGCUGCACUUCACGUCUGGGCCACUGCCUUCCUGAUGCUGUCGUGUCAAGUUUUGCACAAGUAA